AUGAUAAUUGGAACCUUUAAUGUUCGUGGGUGCAACAAUUUGAUGAAACAGAAGCGAAUCUGUCAAAUUAUGGGGAAAAGAAAACCAGAUGUUAUGUUUAUACAGGAAACUAACAUUGGGAAGAUGUCGGGUAAUAUUGUAAACAAAAUUUGGGGUGGGGAGGAUUGUUUGUGGUCUGCAAAGGAGGCAGGUGGUAGAGCUGGAGGAAUACUAACAAUAUGGAGAAAGGAUUCUUUUACCCCGAUUUUCAGCUUCCAAGGUAACGGUUUCCUGGGAAUCAAAGGCACUGCUAAAGGUAUGAUAAUCUACUUCAUUAAUGUCUAUUCCCCGUGUAACUUAGCCGACAAAAGGGAAUUAUGGGAAGAGUUAUUAGGGUGGAAGAAUAAACUAGAAGUAGGGGAAUGGGUGGUUGGGGGAGAUUUCAACUCAAUAAAGAAUAGAGAGAAAAGGAGAGGAGUGGAGAAUUUCUGCAGAGUACAUGAGAUGGAGGAGUUUAAAGACUUCAUUGAAAAUUUAGAAGUAAUAGAUGUUCAAGUGGUGGGUAACAUAUUCACCUGGAUUAAACCUAAUGGGAGGGCAAGUAGCAGAUUGGAUAGAAUAAUGUUAUCGGAAGGACUCAUAAGCUGUUGGGAUAUUGUUGCGCAAGAGGUGGGAAAGAGAGACAUCUCUGAUCACAAACCGGUAUGGACAAAAUCGAGUAGGAUGGAUUGGGGCCCUAAGGUAUUCAAAGUCUUGAGAUGUUGGUAUGAACAUAAGGAUUUUAUUCCUUUUGUGCAAAACGAAUGGAGCUCUCUUGAUGUUAGGGGAAGCAAGGCAUUUGUACUUAAGGAAAAAAUGAAGAAACUAAGAGAAAGAAUGAGGUGGUGGAAUACAAACGUGUUUGGCAAGAUUGAUUUAAAGAUUGAAGAGGAUGUUGAAGCCCUGAAUGCCACAGAAGAUAGAAUGACUCAAAUGAAUGUGACAUUGACGGAAGAAGAGAUAAAAGAGAAGAGGCGCCUUCAGGAAUCUUUUUGGAAAAAUCUGCAUACUAAAGAAAGCAUCCUUAGGCAGAAAUCAGGGCUAAAGUGGACAAUAGAUGGGGACAAUAACUCCAGAUUUUUCCAUUCAACCAUGAAGUCAAAGUCAAGAAGGAAAGCUAUACUAGUGUUAAAAAAUGCUUCAGGGCAGGAAGUGGAGUCUGCAACAGAAAUUAAGUAG